AUGGGUGCAAUAGUCAUUGCUCGGUUGUCGUCGUUUGCACAAACUGCUGCCGUGAGGAAUCUGAUGGGUUCUGUCACCAAUACUCAAGCUCUUCGCUGUGCUGUGGUUGUGGCGCGGUUUAAUGAGAUUAUCACUAAGCGGCUGUUAGAGGGAGCUUUGUCUACUUUCAAUCAUUACUCCGUUCUGGAAGACAACAUUGAUGUUGUAUGGGUUCCUGGUAGUUUCGAAAUUGGUGUUGCUGCAGAAAGGCUAGGGAAGUCCCAAAAAUAUCAUGCAAUUUUAUGUAUUGGAGCUGUGAUUAGAGGUGACACAUCCCACUAUGAUGUUGUUGUUAACUCAGCAGCAUCUGGAGUACUUUCAGCAGGUUUAAAUUCAGGAGUUCCAUGCAUAUUUGGUGUACUGACUUGCGAUAACAUGGACCAGGCAUUAAAUCGUGCUGGCGGUAAAUCUGGCAAUAAGGGUUCUGAGACUGCUUUGACCGCUAUUGAGAUGGCAUCUUUGUUUGAGCACCAUCUGAAGUAAGAGAUAUUUUAGCUGCCGUUGGACAUCAUCCAUGUUGUGCCAGAUUUUCUCUUUUUCUGUGGCUUGCAGUUUCAUCUGACAACUAUCAGAAUAUCUUUAUCUUGAGAAUUCUCAGGAAAUUCCAAAUGGUCGUCAUAUCAUUCCAAAGAAUAAUGGGUUAUUUGUUGAUUGCUUUGCUUCCCCUUGAAAAAGUUUAGUGCUGAAGCUACGUAGACACAAUAGGAGCAAGGUUCUUGAAUAUUGAUGUGAAGAAUGAGAAUUGAGAAGUAUCUUUGUACUAUGCUCCCUUGUUGUUCUAUAUGAUUGGACAUUUUGAAUAA